GUUUGCUUUGCAGUGGCUUUGACAUGGUACCAUUCUGGUGACAUUAUUAUUAUUAUUAUUAUUAUUAUUAUUAUUAUUAUUAUUAUUAUUAUUAUUAUUAUUAUUAUUUUAGCCCGUAAAUGUUUCAUUUUGUUUCGUUUCAAUUUGUUAACUUAAUGCUGGACGAUGUAUUUAUUUUUAAUUAAGGUAAUAAAUUACUUACAAGAACUAAAGCAAGUGAGUUACAUGAAUAUUGAAUAUAUUGCACUUUAAAAGAAAAAAUAUAGCAACGAUCAAGAGUGAGGAGGCGUGGCGGUGGUGCGUUUAAUGACAUUCGGUAAACUCGGAGGUCGCUGUUGACUUUCUACAAACAUGGCUGCUCAGGAUGAACUCAACCAGUUGGAGAGAGUCUUCCUUCGCCUUGGCCAUGCCGAAACAGAUGAACAGCUGCAGGACAUCAUCUCCAAGUUCCUGCCUCCUGUACUACUCAAACUCUCAAGUGUUCAGGAAGGUGUUCGGAAGAAAGUCAUGGAGUUGUUGGUGCACUUGAACAAGAGGAUUAAAAGCAGACCAAAGAUACAACUGCCAGUGGAAACCCUUCUGGUUCAGUAUCAGGAUCCUGCCGCUGCCUCAUUUGUGACGAAUUUCACCAUCAUCUACAUCAAAAUGGGCUACCCUCGUCUUGAGGUAGGAAAACAGUGUGAGUUGGCUCCUACUCUUCUAACAGCCAUGGAGGGAAAACCACAGCCACAGCAGGACAGCCUCAUGCACUUGCUGAUACCCUCUCUGUACCACAUGAAGUAUCCAUCAGACACCUCUAAGAAUGCAGCCCCAUUUAACUUAACUGAGCGGCCAAAAACAGUUCAACUGCUUUUAGAGUUUAUGCUGGAUGUUUUACUGAUGCCAUAUGGGUUUGUGCUGAAAGAGUCUCCAACUCGUCCGACUCCCUCCUCCUCCUCUCAGGGAAGUACUUCUGAAGGGUCAGUGGCGGCUUCAAGUCAGGGUCUUCCACAGCCACCCCCAGGAAUGAACAUUUAUGCUGCGAAAAGGGUUAUUGGAGAGUCUCAGUGGAGUGCUGAACAGCUUGAGCAGUGUAAGUUGGGUAUUGUAAAGUUCAUCGAAGCCAAUCAAGUGCCAGAGGUGGAAACAGUUGUGCACUUGGUGGUGGCCUCAAGUGACACAAGGCACAGUGUGGCAACUGCAGCUGAUCUGGAGUUGAAGAGCAAACAGAGCAUUAUAGAUUGGAACAAUCCUUUAAUCAUCAACAAAAUGUACAAGGUGUACUUGGGAGAUGUUCCUCUCAAGACCAAGGGUGGAGGUGUGAAGCAGGAGCUGAAACAUGAGCCAGUCAGCACCAGAGUCAAAAUGAAAAUCCUGCCACAUCUUUUACGUUCACGUCUUGCUGCUGAAUGCUUCCCGGCAAACAUCCAGGUUGUAUAUGAUGGACUUUUUGGAGCCAAUACAAACAACAAACUGCUCUCACUCACAUUGCAAUUUGUUCAUCACAUAUGCAUGGUGUGCCCUGACAGCAACAAGCCUCUGGGGCUGAUGUUGCUGAACGGACUGACUAAGCUUAUCAAUGAAUAUAAGGAGGAUCCUAAAUUACUCUGUGUUGCAUAUUCGGCUGUUGGGAAGUUGUCUAGCCGUAUGCCUCAGCUCUUCACCAAGGACAUCGCUCUUGUGCAGCAGUUUUUUGAAUCCAUGUGUAAGGAGGAGCCAGAUGUCCGUCUUGCCAUUCAGGAGGCUUUGUCCAUGAUGGUUGGUGCUUAUGCAAAUCUGCAGGGGGCGCUGUUGAACCUGAUGGAGGCUCUGGUCGCUGCUUACAUAGUGAAGCCAGAAGUGCAAGUUCGACAGGUUGCCAUGAAGUUUGCUAGCACAGUGUUUGCUCCGGAUCAUGUCCAGUCAAGAUACCUGCUCCUUCUGGCUGCUGGAGAUCCGAGGGAGGAGGUGAGUGGGGAAGCACAGAGGGUCCUCAGGAUGCUUCCGACUAAAAUCUCAGAGAAGGAAGGACAAAAGCCAAUACCCUCCUUUCCUGAUAUGGUGGCUUACAUCCAGGAAAAGGCGUCGCAGAGAAUAAAGACCCCGGCAAAAUACAUUGUUGGAACUUCUGCUAUUCCUUUCAACCCCUCAGCCUUCACAGAGAUUGUGCUGUACCUGCGCAUGUGUCUAGCCCACAGUGCCGGGGCCACACCCAUGUCUAACCGGCUGGCUGACAUGCAGGACGAUGCACCUGCCAUUGGUUGCUACAUCCGAUCGCUGUUGACCUCUGAAGCUCAGACUGCAGGGUCAAAGGCCUCCGAAGCUAAUCCUGUAUAUGUUUACAUGGAUCUACUGCAGCAGUUGUUGUCUGCUGUUGGAGGCAUCCCAGUUAUGUACUGUCUCCUAGAGGUGGUCUCUGUUUGUCCGGAGAAACUGGCUCCCAAGCUUGUUCAAAAAAUUGACUGGAUAAAGAGUCUGAUGAACACAAAUAAGGAAGACAUGAGGGAACUUGCAGCUCAGCUGUAUGCUGUUGUGGUAUCCAUCAUGACUGGCAGUGAGCUGCAAAAGGCUGUGAACAACCUGGUCAAGAUCACCAAAGACAACCAUAGUCCAGAGACCCAGCAUGGUGCCCUCCUGGCUCUUGGCUACAUGGUGGGUCGGUGCAUGAGCAAGAGGAAAGCUGCCUCCAGUGAAAUUCCUCAAAUAAACUCUGAAAAAGAUGACGAGCUUGUUGCCAUGGCCACAAAAACAAUUGGUUCAUUUCUGGACAGCAGCAGUGCAUUGUUAGCUGUCGCAGCUUGUACUGCGCUGGGAGAAAUUGGACGUAAUGGCGUCCUGCUGAUUCCUGCGGAUGGCGACGGCUUCACUAAGCUGUCUAUUGUAGAAAACCUGCUGGCCCGAAUCCCUUCUGGCAAGGAAAACGCCAAGAUGAAGGAGAGAUCUAUCCAGACUUUGGGUUAUCUGCCGGUCGGUGAUGGAGACUUCCCUCACCAGAAAAAGAUUCUGCAAGGACUCAUGGAUUCUGUGGAGGCAAAACAGGUCGAGUUGCAGUUUACAGUGGGGGAAGCUGUCACUUGUGCUGCUUUAGGCACAAGCUCCGGAGCUGUUAGAGACCCGUGGACUUGCACUGAGGACCAGUACACCGUCCCAUCCAACUUAAAAAACAACGAUGUUGUUCCCUGGGUCCUGAACUCCAUCCUGAGCAAGUACAUACCCAGUCAGAAUCCCCAUGUCCGACAAGCUGCAUGCAUUUGGCUGCUUUCUCUGGUGAGGAAGCUCAGCCAGCACACAGAAAUCAAGUCCCACUUGAAGGAGAUCCAGGUGGCAUUCAUAUCAGUUCUUUCUGAUCCUGAUGAGUUGAGUCAGGAUGUUGCUUCUAAAGGGCUUGGACUAGUGUAUGAGAUGGGUGGAGAAAAAGACCAACAGGAGCUUGUGUCCACUUUGGUAGAAACCCUCAUGACCGGAAAAAGAGUUAAGCAUGCUGUUUCAGAAGACACGCAAGUGUUUCAAGGAGAGGGAAUAGGGAAAACACCAGACGGCCAUGGCUUGUCCACUUACAAGGAACUAUGUUCCCUGGCGAGUGACCUGAACCAACCGGAUCUUGUCUACAAAUUCAUGAAUCUAGCCAAUCAUCACGCCAUGUGGAACUCCCGCAAAGGAGCAGCAUUUGGCUUCCACAUGAUUGCUGCCAAGGCUGGGGAGCAGUUGGCUCCGUUCCUGCCACAACUGGUGCCUCGACUGUAUCGCUACCAGUUUGAUCCAAACCUGAGCAUCCGACAAGCCAUGACCAGUAUCUGGGAUGCUCUGGUCACUGACAAGACCCUGGUGGAUAAGCAUCUCAAGGAGAUCCUGCAGGAUGUCAUCUCGAACCUGACCAGUAGCACUUGGAGAGUGCGUGAGUCCAGCUGCCUGGCACUGAAUGAUCUGAUCCGUGGUCGUCAAGCAGAUGAUCUAAUCGACCACCUGGCAGAGAUGUGGGAGACCUUGUUCAGAGUCCUCGAUGACAUCAAGGAGUCUGUGAGGAAGGCAGCUGAUCUGACUCUGAAAACACUCAGCAAGGUUUGCACUCGUAUGUGUGAGUCCACUGGCUCCGCAGCACAGCGCACGGUCGCUGUCAUUUUACCCACCUUACUGGAUAAAGGCAUCGUGAGCAGCGUGACGGAAGUUCGAGCGUUGAGUAUCCAGACUCUGGUCAAGAUAAGCAAAACGGCUGGUGCCAGACUAAAGCCCCAUGCUUCCCGGCUUAUCCCGGCCCUCCUGGAGGCUCUCAGCACUCUGGAACCUCAAGUCCUCAACUACCUCAGCCUCAGAGCCACAGAGCAGGAAAAGAGUGCCAUGGAUGCUGCCAGACUGAGCGCCGCCAAGUCUUCUCCUAUGAUGGAGACCAUUAAUAUGUGUCUCCAGCACCUGGAUGUGUCGGUGCUGGGCGAGCUUGUUCCCCGUCUCUGUGAGCUGCUGAAGAGUGGCGUCGGGCUGGGCACGAAGGGUGGCUGUGCGAGCGUGAUCGUGUCCCUCACUGUGCAGUGUCCCCAGGAUCUUACUCCAUACUCAGGUAAGCUGAUGAGUGCGCUGCUGAGUGGGAUUCAUGACAGAAGCUCUGUGGUUCAGAAGGCUUUUGCCUUUGCGCUGGGACACCUUGUUAGGACAGCAAAAGACAGCAGUGUGGAAAAACUACUACUGAAACUGAACACCUGGUACUUGGAGAAGGAAGAGCCAGUGUACAAGUCCUCCUGUGCUUACACCGUCCACGCCAUCAGCCACUACAGUCCUGAUGUGCUGAAGGCUCACGCCGGGGUCGCCCUGCCGCUGGCCUUCCUUGGGAUGCACCAGGCGGCGGGACCUGAUGAGGAGCGAGGGGAGAGCCACGACGCCACCCUGUGGGCCGAAGUGUGGCAUGAUAAUGUUCCAGGAAGUUUCGGAGGCAUCAGGCUGUACAUGACCGAGCUCAUCGCCAUCACUCAGAAGGCUCUGCAGUCCCAGUCCUGGAAGAUGAAGGCUCAGGGGGCUGCUGCCAUGGCGACCGUGGCCAAAGAACAAACGGGCACAUUAGUGGCACCACACCUGGGAUUGGUGCUCACUGCUUUGAUGCAAGGACUUUCAGGCCGCACCUGGGCUGGCAAGGAGGAGCUACUGAAGGCCAUCGGCUCAGUGGUGUCCAAGUGCAGCUCUGAGCUGCAGAAGCCGUGCGCAGGCCAGCCCACCGUAUCCGAGGUGGUGGAGGUGGUUUUGAAGGAGUGUCGGAAGGAGAGCUUGGUGUAUAAAGUCGGGGCUCUGCGCUGCGCCGGCGACGUGCUCAACAGCAGCCAGGAGGAUUAUUUCAGUGCCAUGGCUGAGAUCCUCUUCCCCCUGAUCAGGAAGAGCUGCCCGGAGAGCGGGGCCGCCUCACCUCGGUCCAUGGAGGAAGACGAAGAUGAUAAAGACGCCAAGGAGAAGGAGCUGCAGACUGAAGUCAUUCUCUGUGCUUUUGAGACUCUGGGAAAAGCCUGGCCCAAGACCCCCCAAACUCAGUCUCGGUUCCAGGUGGAGGUGUGUUCGUUGAUGUGCGCCAAGCUCAAGCUGAGCACCUGGAAAGUUCAGCUCUCAGUGCUCCAGUCCAUGAAGCAGUAUUUCCAGAAGUUGUUUCUGUUUGAGAAAGACAACACGGACGCUGAAACACUCACUCAGAUCUUAACAGACACCUGUGCUGCUCUGACGACUCCCUUAGAAAACAAAAGCUAUUCUUCCGUGCGAACUGAGGCCUUGACAGUUUUGGACCUCAUCGUGAAGCGAACAGAAGAGAGCGAGCAGUGGAAGUGUGUGUCGGUGAAGAGCCGGGAGCAGCUGCAGCGCUCUCUGUCGGCGCUGCAGCUGGACAGCAGAGCUGACCUGAGGGACAAGGCACAGGAGCUGCGCAGACGCAUCCAGAGUCAACCAUAAGCACAAGACCACGCUUCAACUUCUCCCAUCAUGCAUCCAUGUUCACGCGCUCCGCUAUGAAACAGCCAUAUUUUAGAGGACUGUGUUUGUGUUGCGACCCUGGCGGCGGGCGGCUGCUCACGCCAGGCUUCAGUUGUUUGAUCCAUAAUAAUGCCAUUGUUAGAAUAUGAAUUGUGCAACUUGCUUAACUCUGAAUUGAAGCCAUGAUUAAGUGACGUGUUCUCGUGUCAUUCAACGGUGAAAUCAUGAUAUUAGAUGCUUCAUGAACCAAGGAAUGGGUGCCAUGGCUGUGCUUUUUCUGAUGCCCCACAUGAGGACUUGACUACUGCUGUGGGGGCUUUCCACUUGAUCAAGCUUUGGCUGACACUUGAGGUUUAAAGUUGAUUGAGGCGAGUGGGUUUAUGUUGAAUGGAUGUAAGCCAGUCAGAGGUCUGUGAGUGGUGUUCUGUGGACUAUUAAAGUCUUCUGUUUCAGUUUGUCUCCGGCUUUUAACAGGGUUUCUUCAGCUGUCAGCAAAGCUCUUUUUCACGCCACUUUAAGGUCGUACCCAAGUUCAACUGCAGGUACUUUACCACACACACACUGUAAGCAUGUAACAAUGUGGAUUUUUAAUUGAAAAUUCAAAUGUAACUGUUAGAUGGUUUACAGUCAUUAAGCACAACGUCUUGAUGACACAACAGAAAUAAAAAAAAAUACUGUUGACUGAGCAGCUCACAGAUCAGACAGCUGAAGUUGUGUUGCUGGUCACAGCAAACAGUUAACUGCUGCCUGUCUUCAGUCAGCGACUUCCAUUUCUACAACCAACCUCUUUAGCACACACUGCAAAAUGCCUCUUCGGGUUCAUCUUGGUCACCUCUUUUUCUCUUACUAAGAAAGA